CGCUUCCGGUUUCAUAUGAACUCUCCCGCCACCCGGGAGCAGUAGCUGUCAGCGUUUGUGUUUCCCCGAGUUUGAAUUCUUGCAGGUGACCAAGAUGGAGUUUUCCAAAAGAAAGUUGAGGACGCCGAGGUUGGCAGGUGACCAGAGGAAUGCUUCCUACCCUCAUUGCCUUCAGUUUUACUUGCAGCCACCUUCUGAAAACAUAUCUUUAAUAGAAUUUGAAAACUUGGCUAUUGAUAGAGUUAAAUUGUUAAAAUCAGUUGAAAAUCUUGGAGUGAGCUAUGUGAAAGGAACUGAACAAUACCAGAGUAAGUUGGAGAGUGAGCUUCGAAAGCUCAAGUUUUCCUACAGAGAAAACUUAGAAGAUGAAUAUGAACCGCGAAGAAGAGAUCAUAUUUCUCAUUUUAUUUUGCGGCUUGCUUAUUGCCAGUCUGAAGAACUUAGACGCUGGUUCAUUCAACAAGAAAUGGAUCUCCUUCGAUUUAGAUUCAGCAUUUUACCCAAGGAUAAAAUUCAGGAUUUCUUAAAGGAUAGCCAAUUGCAGUUUGAGGCUAUAAGUGAUGAAGAGAAGACUCUUCGAGAACAGGAGAUUACUGCCUCAUCACCAAAUCUGAGUGGAUCUAAGUUGGUGUUCGAGUCCAUUUAUAAGAUCCCUUUUGCUGAUGCUCUGGAUUUGUUUCGAGGAAGGAAAGUCUAUUUGGAAGAUGGCUUUGCUUACGUACCACUUAAGGACAUUGUGGCAAUCAUCCUGAAUGAAUUUAGAGCCAAACUGUCCAAGGCUUUGGCAGUAAGUAUUUUACUUUAUUUCCAUAUUUGACAUGUUCACACUUUCAGUUAUAUACCCUUGGUAGUUUUGUUCUGUGUUUCUCUAGGAAAUAAGUUAAUUCAGUUUUCAUAAUGAUAUUGAGAUUACUUAUGAUGUUGUACUAUUAAUCCCAAAACUCCUAGGUUUUUAUUUGUUACUACUCAUAGUUGGUUUUUAAGUUUUUUUUCUUGAUCCUACUAAUACCAAUGCUGAGUGAUUAAUUUUGUGAGUAACCUCUGUGGGUUUCUUCAUGGUCCAUGUCUUUUUCCCUUAGAAAUAGAUUUCAUAUAUGACUCUUAACAAUUAAUGUGGCCUGUGGUAGAUAUAACUCCUAGAUUUCUGUUCUGAAUUAGUAUUUGGUAUCAAUAGAAGACAAUAUAGAAGAACAUCUUAAGUACUAACACAGUGAUAUGCUAGUACUGCAAUGAAUAGCUCCGUACUGGGUGAAUUUGGAGGUAGCUGUGUUGAACAAAUGACAUGAUCAGUGAUUUUUAAGUAGUUUGUUGGAAGUGUGGCUCUUAAGUGGUCAUAUCUUAAAACUAUACACAUUUUUAUAUGUAAAACGGAUAUUUUACAGUUGUUGUCUGUUAAUCUGAGUCUAGUUUUUAAUACUUUUUUUGUACCUGAUGCAGAAGAAGACCUCAAAGUUGUGUGACAUGGCUGCUUUAAACUAUACUGAUUAUAGUGUAAGCAUAUGUCAAGCUUUCCUUCUGAGUUAAAAAUUGUAGUAUUUUCUGAUAUAAAUAAAUUUGUAUUGAUUCUCUAGGGUUACCUAAAUAUGUAUAAUUUAGCUAUGUCAGCAUUUGGGAAGACUAAAAUAUUAACUUUGUGUUUAUUAAAUGAAGGAAUUUAUGAGAACACCUAGCAUAACAGAUACUUAGUAACUGUUAAUAUUCUUUCUCCAUUCCUAAUCCUGUUAUUUCUUUAUCCUCAUUAAAGUUGAUGCUUUUAAAUUUUUUCUUUACUUAUCUGUCACUACCCUAGAUUAUAUUCUAGUUAUAACUAAGAAUAGUGUCUUUCACCACUGUGAAACUCUGUGGAAGACACUGAUGUUUGUCUACUGUUUGGCCAUUGCUCUUUUAUUAUUCUUAGUUUUAUUCACCCAUUUUCUCUCUGUUGACAUUUUAGACCACAUUUCUUUGUGUGAAAUAGACAAAUAUUUUCCAGGAUAUUGGACAGUCUUAGAUGUCAUCUAUUAAAUGCUGGUUGUGGCCCCCAGUCUCCAUGACAACCAAAAAUGUCACCAUACAUUUCAGAAAACUUCUGGCAUGUUAGUACUACUUUUAAGCCGAUCAUAGUCAUUUCCUUCUUACCAAAUCUUUGAUUUAUGCCUGUGACAUUGUAAUUGUGGCUAAAAAGUAUGAGUUCUUUGGGGGCUUCUGAAAAAAGUUUUUCUUGCUAAAAAAAAAAAAAAAAAAAAAAAAAAA